CACAAAGACCGCGUAUAAAGCCCCACGGCUCUCCACCGUCUCAACGCAGUUUUGCGAGUGGUGUACCGGUCGCUUUUUUAGCGUGUUCGUGUGUCGAGGGAUUUUCUGUCGUGCCCGGGACUCAAUCGUGCGUGUAAAUCUUGUACCUGGCAUUCCACUGCUGGCAUUCCGAGUGUAAAUUUCAACUAAAAGCGGUGGCAUUAUUGGAGAAAAUGGAAGGUGUUGAGUUGAGGUCAAAGAGAGGCCAGAAGGAUGAGAAGAUUCGACGCAGCUACAGUUGCUCUGAUAUUGCUCAACUCCUGGGUCUACCUGAGGCCCAAGGCAGCGAGAGCUUCCAGACGGUGGACGAAGAGAGCAGUGUAACUAUGAGAGAAAAAGUUGGAAGUGCCGCCUCCCAGCACGAGGUUGCAUCUCGGAGAGUCAGCACUCUUGUGAGACUCCGUCGAUGGCAAAGCCGGAAGAAGAAGCCCGACGGUCCGCCAGUCAUUUCAGCCCCCGUCCAACCCUCCAGCCUCACUCCGCAGACGUCACCCAACAGACUGGCCACGAUCCUCCCACUCCCGCAGAACAUCAACUUUAAUAACCCCUUUGGAACCAUCGGGAGACGCAACAAACGCCGGCCUCGAGAAGGAACGCCUAUUGUGGUCCUCGAAAAGUGCUUCGGACCUCCUCCUCCUACCUCUUCUCGUACUCUGCCCCCACUGGGCGAACACUCCACGUAUCCGCUUCGCGCAAAUCCCUUCGGGACUCUCCCGAGGAUAGGUCCCGCUGCUAAACGAGUGGGCGUGGCCAACAGUGGGAGGGACCGGAAUAACGUAUCGGGGAACGUGGACAUUUUCCUCCCUCCGUCCAUAUCUGUUUCUUGUUCUCCAUCCCCCUCUCCCUCUCGUUCCCCCUCUCAAUCCCCCUCUCACUCCCCCUCUCUCUCCCCUGCUAACUCCCUUAGUGAUGCACUCACAGUCAUCGACCAAAGCGCAAGUACCAACCUCACCGCCCCCAACUACCACUCACUGCUUGGAAAAUCCAUGGAAAAGCUACCAAUGCAGAGUGGUAUGGAGUCUCCGUCAGGAGUGGGUCCAUUCAGAAUUGAACUGGGAGCUGAUUCCAGGGAGUUUGAGCUAAGCUGCAACCAAUCAGCCCACACUAUGCUUGAAAACCCUGAGAGUGAAACCAGAUGGUACUUCAAGUACUUUCUAGGAAAAGUCCACCACAACUACCUGUGCUACGAUUCCGACAAGAACCCAUUCUUUCUCUCCAUGGUCAACUCUAGCUCCGUCAUCAGAUGCAUUCUAUGGAGAAACACUGGUUGCAAGCGACUGAGUAUUAGAGAAGAUUCCAAUGGGAAGUUGCCCAGUGUCAAGUCUCUACUGGAGAAGUUUUCAGUGAGUAAGUACAUGUACGACAAGUCGGUCAAGGAAGUGGCGACUGAGAAAAUCCAGAAGGAGUUUCUGACUAUGGAAGAGCAAGAGGGAGCCGUCAACUUCAAGUUUGGCGUGCUCUAUGCCCAGACUGGUCAGACCACAGACAAUGACUUGUAUGGAAAUGAGCAUGGCAGUAAGAGGUUCUCGUCUUUCCUGGAGCUACUGGGGGACGAAGUGGCUCUGCAGGGAUGGCAGAACUUCCGCGGUGGACUCGACGUCAAAAGGAACACGACAGGAGCCACUAGUGUGUUCACCGUAUUUGAGGGUCACGAGGUUAUGUUCCACGUCUCCACUCUGCUACCUUACUCCUCCGAGAACGCACAACAGCUGGAGAGAAAGCGUCACCUGGGCAACGACAUCGUGGUCAUCAUAUUUGUGGACGGAAAGAAUCCAGAGGACGCCUACGAGUCGAGUCUCACCUUUGACCCCAGCUGUAUGAAGUCUCACUUCAACCACAUCUUUGCUCUCGUCUCGUACGACCACAUCAAGAGUGAAUACAGACUAGUAGUCCACUGUGCAGAGAGUGUUCCCAGGUUUGGACCCUCACUGCCGGCCAGGGGAGUCUUCUCUGAGCCCAGCUCCUUCCGCGACUUCCUCCUCACCAAAUUGAUUAAUGGGGAGAAGGCAUCUUACUGCACUCCGACAUUUUCAGAGAAGAGAAAUCGCACGCUCAGUUUGCUACUGAAAGACGUGGAACACAAGUGUACCACCGAGUAUCGAAGGACUCUAUCGGUACCAGUACUGAGACCAGCCCAGACCUCGCCCGGUACGAGUCGCAAGUACGCCGAGCUGCAGCAGAGUUUCACCGACUACGGACAGAGACUCAAGGUCCAGAAGAUCAUCACUGGUCAUCAUCCUACCAGUCAACGUACCACCGUGUCUCCUAAGAGAGACCCAUGGGAGCCAACGUCAAUCAGUGAAGACUUUCCUUUCAAGAUAGUGUGUGGAGACUACUGCGAUGACGGCACAUUGAUUGUCAGUACUGAAUCCAACGGAACGUUUUUCAUCUACCAAGACGGCAGCUACGCACUCAUGCUGAACAGGUCGGUGGUCGUUGGACAAGUGGUGGUGGCACAUAAGCAUCACCUCCUUCUAUUUAGAACAGCCUACGCAAAAGACACCAACUACUUCUACGCCAUUCCACUCCGACAUUUCUACUCGGAGAAGAUUGUGCUGGACAGCAAGUCUUCUCUGGGGGCCUACCAGAUCAGCUGCACCAAGGGAUGCCACCUGUUCUGCACUGCUCCACUCAGCGGACAGUUUCUUCGCGUCGCCGUGGCCUGCAAGGCAAAGGUUUUGAUGUUGGCAUGGAAACAUCCGUCGCUCAGCAGUUCCACGGGCGGAGUCCCCCUCGCGCCCCAGGCUCCCACCAAUCCCACCGAGAGCUUCAUCAAACACAGAGAGUUGAGUCUCCCAGAUGUGCCAUUGAUGAUGACUCUACUGGACGAGCGGCCAUCGGGGAAGCUGUGUGUCAGCUACCAGAAACAGGCAGUGGUGGACGCAGUGGACGAGAUCAAGGCCACUACUCAGAGGAUCCCGAACCUAGACAUAGCUAAAGCGAAGUUGAUUUGCCUAUCGAGUGUAUACUGCAAUGGACACAGUGAGCUACUCAUUGGAUACAACUUGACCAGCCAGCUGAUCACACUGCAUGACGGUACUGCCUACAACUCUGCAGAGGUUGUGUGGAAUUCUGAGCCAAAAGAUAUCGUGUGUAUGACACCAUAUGUAAUGGGGUUUAUGGCUAACAUUCUGGAGAUCAGAAUGGCCUCCAACGGCUCGCUCAUACAGACCAUCAACAUACCUGACCUUCACGUCAUCUCCAGCAAAGGCGACAUCUACUUCACCUCCUCCAGUCUCAUCCACAACUACAAAGGGGACAGUCGACUCGUUAUUGCCCCCACAGAGACCAAGGUCCCCAGGAACGCCGACAAGCGAGGGUUCCUCAGCUCUGGGCGCUCCUCCGAACCAGACCUCCAGCAGGUCGUCUACGUCUACAAGAUAUCCUCAGAGAACUUGAUCGGUAGGAGGGAUUCGAACGCUUCUAUUGUUAGUACGGACGAGGUAUUUACAAGGAGUAGGGACGAUUUGGACAGUUCUUCGUUGGAUCACGUCUACCCUGUGUUGAGCGAGGGGGACAACAUCUCGAAUCAUGGGGUCCGAUCCGGGAGUUUUACUGCCCUCCACAGCCACGGAGGGGGCGUCGGUAGAGAUGGUAGGAGCGGAAGUGGCAGAAGAAAAGCCGCUACGACCGGGGGGAGAAAGUUUUACAGGAGUGGCGAGGCGGACGCAGAUGCUGCGAGCGUUUCGAGCACGAGUGAAUACAGCAGUCACGUGAGCCUGGAGAGCUCGGUAUGUUCGUCUCCAGACAGCGACGUCCACGAGGAUCUCCAGGUCAGCAACACCUCGGGUGUUCGGAGAACUGGAAGUGGGUGUGGUUUGGGGCCUGGACCAAUCAGCGUCACAGGGGGCAAAGGAGGCCUCCAUUUUCAGAUCAUUCCCUCGUACAGUAGCCACAGUACCAAUUCUUAGGUGACUCUUCUCUCUCUCUCACUUUGUGUGUGCGUGUGUGCAUGUGGUAUACGUGUAUCUGAUACUCAGAGACUUUGCUGCAUUCUAAUAAUAUUAUUUUCAAUGCAUUGUAUAAACCACUGUCAUCAUCAUCAUCAUCAUCAUGUUAUCGUAAUCGUCUUUUAAAUACACACUAAAUUUGCGCCCUGCACAAAAUCUCAUAAUGCAUAAUAAUAGAGAGGUCUGUGUUCAAAAGGUGUUGGAUGGGUACGACGUAUUUUGCCGGUAUGCCCCAGUGUUGCAGUACUGCGGACCAUCUGUGUGCACUGCCAGUUC